GAGAGGAUAAAAUGUGAUGGAACAGUGAGAGACAAAAAGGACGGUGUGAGAGAGAGUGAUGAAGAAAAUUAGGGAUAAUUUAAUAGAAGAGCACUUGGAUACGAAAAAAAAGCAUAAAGAGGGACUGACAGAUGGAUGGUGGAGAGUCGGUACACAGUGGAAGUACAAAGAGAGGAAGGAGAGCGAAGGAGAGAGAUCAAUCUAACAGCUGAAGAGGUCACUGCGGAUACAACGAAGAGCAACACAGCCUGAACUGCAGACUAAAAGGAUGACAAAGAUUGGGAGGAUGAGGAGGAGGAGGAGGAGCAGGGAAGAGAAAACGGAGAAGGGGAAGAUGACCGUGACAUGGAGAAUGGAGAGUUAGAGGGUCUGGAGGAGAUGGAAAUGACGGGAGGACGACAAUCCUGGGAAGGGAAAAGUGGCGAGGUGGUGAAACCAGCAGCCAUUGUGGUCGGUAGACAGAGAGCAGACCGAGCGCUGAGGCCGGGCAACCGUGGUAUCGCAUACAUGUCCAAUCAAGCCCUGCUACAUCAUCAACCAGCCAAUAAGCAACAGCAUUAUCCCGCCGCAGCCAAUCAUCAGCCUCAUCAAGCAGGCCUGAAUGCGCUGCAGAAGAGACGAGCUCUCAUGGAGCGCAGCAUGACCACAGUGGCUCCCAUGGAUGACACUUUCCUGACCAUGAUGGUGUUCCGCAUUGGAAUUCCUGACAUCAAACAAACAAGGUGUCUCCAGUUUGACCAGGACUGCACAGUAUGGAGCGCUAAGCAGCAGAUCAUCUGCUCCCUCAAUGAGACGUUGUGGGACGUCUACAACUACGGCCUCUUCCAGCCGGCUGGAGACGGACGGGACGCCAAGUUCCUGGAGGAGGAGAGGGCCCUCCGAGACUACUCGCAGACCUUUGAGAAAGGGGUGCCUUACCUGGAGUUUAGGUACAAAACUAGAGUUUAUAAACAGACGAAUCUGGAUGAAAAGGCGCUCUCCAAACUCAGCACAAAGGCCAGUCUGAAGAAGUUCCUGGAUUACAUUCAGACCGGAGCAAUAGAGAAAAUGGCAAAAGUCCUUGAUAAAGGUCUUGAUUCAAAUUUCCAUGACCCUGACAGUGGAGAGACCCCGCUCUCCAUAGCCAUGCAGUCGGGCCUGCCGGUGGAGGGCAUCAGGCUGCUGGUUCAGGGCGGCUCUCAUUUGGACUUUAGGAGCAGAGAUGGCUUCACACCGGUGCACAAAGCUGUUAGGGCUCACAAUCAUGCUGGGCUGAUGGCUCUCUUGUCCCUUGGAGCAUCUCCAAACUACAGAGACCGCUAUGGCCUGACCCCGCUGUACCACACUGUACUGACAGGGGGCGACACUUCCUGCUGCGAGACCUUGCUGUAUUACAGGGCGAGGCUGGGGACAAAGGAUGAGAAUGGCUGGGACGAGUCCCACCAGCACAGGGAUGAAGAAGAGUUUGGAAUGGAAGAAAUACACAAGGCUUGCCAGAACGGUUUUGCACAGCACUUGGAGCAUCUGUUGUUUUAUGGGGCUGAAACCUCCUCUCAAAAUGCCUCAGGGAACACUGCACUUCACAUUUCUGCCCUGUACAACAAGGAAAGCUGUGUCCGCGUUCUUCUGUACAGGGGAGCAAAUAAGGAGGCAAAGAACAAGCUUGGUCAGACCCCUUUUCAGCUAGCUAUAAUGUCUGGUCACUUUGAACUUGGGGAAAUCUUCAAAAACCAUAAAGAUUCUGACAUAGUGCCCUUUUUGGAAUCGCCAAAGUAUGUUCCCAAGCGAAAAGAGAGCGCCUACACUCUACCUCUCCCCUCACUUCAUUCCCACCCCCUACUGCGCGCUAACAGCGAUAACUCCAUGACCCAGUCUGACCCCCUGGCCCUGCCCAACAAGGCUGCAACCAAUCCCAACCCGGGACAGGGCCAACGCAGGGCCUCCAUCGGCAUGAGAAGCUCAAGCAGCCCCAGAACUCGUACUCGCUCCCCAUCCCGGGGUAGAGGAGGCCAAAGUGACACAGAGGAGAGGCACCGACAGCCGAGAGGCAGACAGGGUGCAACCUCAGUGGGCAGUGGUGGAGAUCAGAUGAAGCGUAUGUACAGCGCAGUGCCAGGGCGGGUUUACAUGGCCACUCGGGCGUACUCUGCUGGCGGAGACAAAGAGCUCUCACUUAACAAAGGCGACAGAGUUAAAGUGUUAAGUGUAGGAGAAGGGGGAUACUGGGAAGGAACAGCGAAAGGUCGUACUGGCUGGUUUCCGUCAGACUGUGUAGAAGAGGUGGCGGCUCUCAGCAAAGACAAUCGAUCAGAGACGCGCAGCGAGAAAGCCAAGAGGAAGCUUUUCCGUAACGUCACUGUUGGAGCCUACGACGGCACUGAUGGCCCCAGUGACUACAUCAUUAAGGAGAAGACAGUGCUCCUGCAGAAGAAAGACAAUGAGGGCUUUGGCUUUGUGCUUAGGGGAGCCAAAGCUCAGACUCCCAUAGAAGAGUUCACUCCAACGCCAGCGUUCCCCGCGCUGCAGUACCUGGAGUCUGUCGAUGAGGGGGGUGUGGCCUGGAGGGCGGGCCUCAGGAUGGGGGAUUUCCUCAUCGAGGUGAACGGCCAGAAUGUGGUGAAGGUUGGCCACCGGCAGGUGGUCAAUAUGAUCCGACAGGGCAGCAACAGCCUUAUGGUGAAAGUUGUGAUGGUUGCUCGAAACCCUGAACUGGAGGAUACUGCUCGGAAGAGAGCCCCGCAGCAGACUAAAAGACUGACUCCUCCUGCCAUUGCCCUGCGCUCCAAGUCAAUGACAUCAGAGCUGGAAGACAUGGUGGACAAAGCUGCGUCUCCAUGGAAAAAGAAAGCAGAAUACGAGUCCUCUCUUGGUCCUGAUAAGAAGAGGACCGUCUAUCAGAUGGCACUAAAUAAACUGGAUGAAAUCUUGUCUGCUGCCCAACACACUAUUACUCCAGACAACCAGGGCCAGAGGGGUCAUGGAGGCAAGAGGGACCGGAGCAAGAGUGUUGUUCCCAAUGUCUCCAAUGAGCAACCCUAUGAGCAUCAGUCAUCAGUGAGUAUGGUGCAGCCCGGACCAGGUUUUGGCUACAACCAAGCUCAUUUUCAACCCGGCCACACUCAGCAUGCAGUCAUGAUACGUCAAAAAUCUAUUGGUGUAACAGAGGAGGAAAGACAGUAUCUACACCCACCCGCUAUGAAACUGGCUCGCAGCCUGUCGGUGCCGGGACCGGAGGAGAUACCCCCACCCCCUAACACAUCUGCCCCAGAGCCACCUUUAUCAGCAGGCCCUCAUCCUGUGAGAGGGCCUGCUAUGCCCAUACCCCCUGUAUCUCAAGCCCACUACCAGCUCCAGUCCCAGCCAGGGCAUGCUACUCAAGCAGGCUGGGAGAGGGGUGGGCCUGGUGGGAUGAACCAGCAGGCCAUGGUCCCCACCCUCCGCAGACAAUCUGAUGGACUGGGUGUCAGAGAGCCGGAGGCGCCCAGGAGAGGUGGUGGCAAAAUGGGAGGGUUAAGGAGAGGCUACAGCAGUGCUACACCACCAACAAGUGCUAAGCCAAAGGCCCCACCAGCACCGCAACAUCACCCGCACAUGGCCAACCGGGAGCAGGGUGGAGGGGUUGGCAGGGGUACAACCAGGAGGGGUGGUCGAGGAGCUCUGAUGAAACAGUCGAAAGUGGAGGAUGGGCUGAGACAGCACCGAGGAAAAGGAGUUGCAGCCAAAGAGAAGAGCUCCAUCCCCAUCCCCACCAUCAUUGUCAAAGCUCCCUCAACCAGCAGCAGUGGGCGAAGCAGCCAGGGUAGCAGCAUGGAAGCUGAGCCCCUCCGCCAUGUUGAAGACCACACCUCAGCAGAUACGACCUCAGACAGCCCCAACACCAGUCUACCCUCACCACUCACCCCUUUGCCACCUCAGCCCCCUACACCCACAUCCUUGCCUUCAUCAACUGUUGCCCCAUCUGUUUCCUCGCAGCAAAACUUGGAAAACUUGGACUACACGUCAACAUACGGUACGGCCUUUGGAGGAGGAGGGGCACGCAGGGAAAGAGAACGUUUCCGAGAUAUGAGAAGAAAGAGUGCUUCUUUCUUCCUAUCAACUGAGGAGGACAUUCAAGGAGAGGCAGAGGGAGGAGUAGAGGAGGGAGGAGGAGCAAUAGGGGCAAGAAUUCAGCCGUUACAGGGCAUACAAAUGGAAGUGCCCACCCCUCGUCUACGGCCCUCCAAGUCUAUAGAUGAGGGCAUGUUUUCGGGAGACAGCUAUGUCCACUAUUCCAGCAGCAUGCCCCCAGCCUUUGGCCUGCCUGAGUAUUCUUCCCCUGUUCUUGGUCAGGAUGGCCAGCCCAAGUCAGCUCCCUCAAUGUAUGGCACCCAGGCCACUACUACUUUCAUCCACCCACUUACAGGGAAAGUUCUUGACCCCUCGUCCCCACUUGGCUUGGCCCUAGCUGCAAGAGAGAGGGCCCUAAAAGAUGACCGCAGGACACGCAGAGAGGAGAGACACUUUGGUCGGCAGCUGUCCACAGUAGGAGCAUUCCCUACUCCUGUUCAGACCCCAACUCCUUCACUUUUUGCAACCCCUACACAAUCUGCCUACACUUCCCCUGUAUCCGUCCACCUAAGCUCCCCCACCGCCACCACCUCGCCUGCAUCUAUGAGCCGGCCACAGUCACCAAGGAUAUUACGUUUGGGAGGAGGAGGUGGGGAGAGGAUGGAGAGAGACAAGGAAGGAGCGCCAAGGGAGGGUCUCAGAGUUCGCUUCUCAGAGGACCGAACCAGUCAGUAUUCAACCCAGUAUUACCCACAGAGCCCCAGGGAGAGAGAAAGAGAAAAGGAGGUGUAUGACAGCAGACCUGCUCCACCCAUGCAGCCUCCUCCACCGCCGGUUCAACCCGCACCCCGAAGACCUUCCUUUCUGCAGAUGGAUAGUGCUCCCAACACCAGCUACGUCCCUCAGUAUACUGUCCCCACAGCCCCCGCACAGACGCAUGAAACUAGAGCAGGGGCGGGUGGAGGUCUAGGACUGAUGGUUCUCCCUCCACCAGCUCCCUCAAUAGAUGCAGAGGAUGAGUUUGUCUUUUCAGAUCCCUUGCCCCCUCCUAUACAGUUUGCUAAUGGUAAGAAGGAGAGAGUCCAGGAGUAUCCUCAGCAGCAUCAACACCGGAGUCAACACUCUGCUGCUGUUGCACCACCUCCUCCACCCUCUCUUCCAUCUAGCAAGCACUCAAAUGCUCCCCAACCCUCCUCACAGGGUGGGGACUCUGCUGCCUCCAGCCUUACAUCCUAUGACAGUGAGGUGGCCAACCUUACACAAUCGGCUCUCUCUCCAUCUUAUCCGUCCCCACAGAUAUUUCCCCCUCCGCCCGCCACUACCAACACCGCUACACCUUUGCCUGCCACUUCACUACACAGACCCCAGCCCAUGUCUCACUCUCACCCCUAUUAUGGCAGCUCUAACGACCCCUCAGUAGGUGGUCACAUCACGGCCCAGGAUAGAGGCACAGCCACCAUUACCUAUGCUACCACUACCAUGACAUCCACUGCAGCCCCCACCACCACAACCUCACCAGGAUCCUCUGACUACAGUAUGACCAUGGCCGGGCACAAGACUGGCCUCAGCACAGGGGGCAAAGCCGCUGACCAUACUCAUCACCCUACUGUUACACCGAAGAGUGGAGACUGGCAAGAUGCCGUGGUGGAUUCUGGGAUUGAGGAGCUUGACAGUCACAGCAGUAGCGACCACCAUUUAGAAAUGCUGGGAUUGAGUGGGCUAAGAGGAGAGAGGGGAGGGAUUGGAGGAGAUGGGCGAGGAGAAGAGGGAGAGAGAGGAAGUGAGCAUCAGGAUCCUUGCACAACCUACUCAGGUGGGCAAACAUUUGAGUUGCACAGUGCCAAACUGGCAAAUCCAGUGUUUCCAAGGAUGACUCAUUACAAGGAGGGAGGAGGGAGGUGCCCGCCUGUUGCACUACGUAGGCAGAACAGCACCAACCCUGCUCCUUUGCAGUUGCACAGACCAAGCAACCCGGACGAUGUUAGGUUAGAAGUGUUCGAAGAUGAAAGGAAGCGCAAGCAGAGUCGAUCCAAAAUGGAGGAUGGCUUCAACACCUCUCUGGCUGCCUGCUUAGAGAGGCAGAUAGACCCUCGGUCGGUGAACUGGGUUGAGGUUGGUGAGCAUGAGCAAGGUGGAGAUGGAGUACAGAGAGGUGGUAUCGUUUUGGAGGGCCGCAGACUUCACUCCCCUCUUGCUGGCGUGAAGGCGAGCAUCAUCAAUGAGCUAAGCUCCAAGCUACAACAUAUGAAGAGCAUGGAUGACUGGAGCCACACUCCAAAGUCACCCACCAUGCAUAGGUAUUCAGCGGAUUUCACGGAUGUAUUUCAUAGCCCCCCUUCUGGCCAUUCCACCUCGCCAUUACCCACCUCCUCUCCACAGCAUCGUCAGAUCCUAACACCAAAUCUGUCGGCCACUCCUUCUGUCUCCCCAUCCUCUCAAGUCCCAAUUCAACGCAACUGGACCCGCUCCCCAUCUCCACAGAUGCCUACCUCCCCAGUUCAUGCACACCCUCCCCAUUCUCCGACCUACUGCCCAUACCCAACGUCGCCAAAGCAUCGGUCCAAGUUGCGCGGGCAGACUUUUGAUUUUCAGUGCAGUCCCACAAAGGAGAUGCGGUCUUCAGUCUCACGACGGCGAGCUCCCAGUCCUCUUAUCUAUAACACUGAACAGUCAAACCCAACUCCUCCCAGGCCUUCCUCUCUCCCAAUCCUUCCCAUUACACCUAUCUACAACAACCCCUUUGACUUCCCCGGGCCCCUCACCCCUCCUUCGCCUGGAAUCCCUCUAGGAGAUACCUACGCGACUUCAACUCCUCCAAUCUUCUCCCCAUCUGGUGUGCCAAGUGCGAACCCCCUACUUGUCUCCCGCUCUCUCUCCCCCACCCAUUUUCUCUCUGGAGCCUCAUCCCCCAUACACUUGCCCCUCAGCCCAUCCUGCCUCAACUAUCCCCAUCUCACUCCUCCUGCGCCAGCCAAACCCUUUGCUGUCAAGCCCCUGCCCUACUGGACCAAGUACGAUGUGGCCGACUGGCUGGCUUACCUAAACCUGGGGGAACACAGAGAGCGUUUUAUAGACAAUGAGAUAGAUGGAUCACAUCUGCCUUCGCUCACCAAGGAUGAUUUCCUGGACCUGGGAGUGACACGUGUGGGACACCGCAUGAACAUCGAGAGGGCGCUGAAGAAACUCACUGACAGGCGGCUCUCCUCUCCUUUGCAUGUCACUACUUCCCUCCAAGACACAGACUGAGAGAGUGAAGGGGUGAUUCAAAGAUGAAAGAAAGGGAGAGAAACUAAUUGACAAAGAUGGACAAUAACAGAAGAUGUGCAAGAGAAGAGCAGUGGACAUCAACAGGUUGUGUUGAACUUAGACUAAGAAGGGCUGAAUGUGUUUGGGGGGAGUUUUCUUUCAAAUUGGCUCCACAUUUAGAGAAUACUGUUGAAAUUUGUGGGAUGACUUUUGGUCAAGAAAGGGUACGAGGACGUUAUGAAUAUCAUAUGAAAAUGACGCUCUUCAACUGAAAAUAUACUUUAAAACUUUUGAUGGACAGGCAUUUAAUUAACACGCCGUUUUGUGCUGUAAAAGACAAACACAUAUACACACACACUUAUUCUCACACACACACUGACAGAUGGAUUCUCACACCAUCUGCUGUUUAGCAGUAUUGAGAAAACUUCAGUCUGAGUUCAAAGAAAAAUGGAAAAGUUGCUGCUUAAAGGGUAGACCCCAAUAAAGUGUUACUGACUGUGGCUGAGCCAGAAACUCUGGGUAAAACAGUGCCAUCCUAACAUCAUAUUUGAAGCUUUAAGCAGAUCAGAGUAUCAAAUGGCUGAGUACAGGAGCCAAAGUCAGAAUAUGAGAGAUUUGUUUGUAAAUGAUGAUAGAUAAAAUGGUAGACAAUAUUGGUAUUCUCUUUAUAUCUUUGCCAUAUUACCCCAAAGGAUACCCCAAUAAGCUUUGUAUGUAUGUAUUUGCGAGCACUAAAUAUAUCUUACAUGUUAAACGGGAUUCACUACUAUAGUAGAACCAUAUGUUUUGUACAAAGUGCUUAUCGCAAUCAUUCAUUUCAAACUGGUCAGGGUAUUUAUAACUGUUGAAUUGAAGUUGUGCAUAAUGAGGACGUACAAGUUUUGAGAUUAUAUUGUUGUGAAAUUACCUUUUAUUAUUUUCCUGAUUAUUCUAUAGAAAGGAGAUGAAAUGUAUAAAAGAGGAAUUGAAAGGGUUUGUAUGACAUUUUUAACUGCAAAUCGUCUUUUUUUUUUUUUUUUUUUUUUCUUUACUGGUGUUAAUUGCCAUAGCACAGGUCAAGGGAUGGAUCCGUCCUCUUUGAUGCCAUAAUGUUGACGGCUCUCUCUCACACAGCAGGUGCAGUGAUCAAUAAGGGCUUUUUACUGCUUCUCUGACUACCUGAACCUCAACCUUCAGCCUCUGUGAGUCUCUGUGUGUCUGAUUUAGUGCGUCAGCCAAACGCUUUCCUUGACCAACACUUUUCUCUUUCUAAUGCCUUUUCCAAAACAUAUUUAUAAUGGUCAGAAAAUAUUGUUUUUUUCUCAAUAGUUGACAAUCCCCAGUGUUUCCCCGUUCCACACAUUAACCCUCAAAAAGAAACACAGUUUUCAAACUUAAAGCAAAUACUACAUAUGUUGCUUUGAUGUGAAGAUGAACUCCCAGAAUUUUUUUAACAUGCCAGUUUAGCCAUUUCCCUGCAGUGAAUUCAACUGUAAGGCAAACACACAUCAUUUAUAGAUCUAUAUGUAAUGAUGAUGAUGACAAUAACAUACAAAUAUAGUAUAAUAGAUAUAAUAUUUAAGUAUUUAAACAUUUUUAAGAAUCUCCGUCUUCCAAAUAGUGUGGAGAAAUUCUUUGAAGCUUUGUUUUGUUUGUUUCAUUUUUGAUUUUCUGUAAAUGCUUUCUAUACUGCUCGCCCUGUGGUGAACCCCAGUGAAGCUGACGCACGUUAGUUAAUGUGUAUUCUCUCUAUGUGAGUUUAAAAUGAUGACUCUGUAUUCUCAUGCUGAGUUGCCUCACUGCUAUCUCAUGAUUAACUAUUCUGAGAAUGUGAAGGACUGAGCAAUAGUGUAGAAAGCAUUGCAUACUAUGAUUUAAAAGAGUUUUUUAGGUCUAGUAAAAUGCAUAUUGAAUAUGACUGCAUACAGUAUGAGCAUAAAUAUGCAGAGAUAAAAGGUAUAUAUAUAUAUAUAUAUAAAUAAAUAGAGUUUUGCUUUGAAUAAAAUAAAGUAUAUACUGAU